AUGGCGAAGCGUGUAGACGUGUCCAGGAAGACCAGCAGCAGUCUCUCUCACCUUCUCUCACUAGCUGCUCGCAAGAAUAAAGGGAGCAGCCCAAUCGUCCACGGACUCGGUCCAACAACUGACAACAAAACGUGUAGGCGUACCCAGUCAAACCAGCAGCAAGCAGCAGUCAUGGAACAGCGCAAUUUUGUUGUAGCACCGGUCAGAAAUCACGACAAUGGCGCAGUUGGUACUACGAACGAAAAACCCAAAAGGAAACGAAACAAAGAGGUAACAAAAAAGAUGCUCAUGGAGGAACUAUCAGCUGUUAAAGAAGAGUUAACUAAAAUUCGAAACGAGAAAGACGCUCUUCUACUCAAUAUAUCCAAAACGACAGUACAUAAUAAGGAUCAAGCUACUUGUUCAAGUGCCCCACAUGAGGAUUUAACCGGAACAGUCAACGAAACACUACUAGCAAGUGUGAACAACAUGUCACUCAGCACAAUGAGCAUUCCAGAAUGUGUGCCAUCAGAAGGAGAAGUGGACAUCGAUAAGAAAGGCUACGAAUAUUGGAAGAAUAUUCUGGUUGCUUCGCUGAAUCUUAUUCAAGCCACUGAUGAAAGAACCAAAAUUGAUGUUUUUAGAAUCAAAGCGGGACCUAAGCUGUUGGAGCUUUUGCAUGGAACCAGUUCUUCGGCGGAAAUGCCUGACGAAAGCAGUCAUCCGUUUGGCAAUGCACUUGCUCGGCUUGAUUGUUACUUCGGAUCGAGAGCCUAUAUGCUUUCACAACGAAGCAAACUUCUCAACACGAUACAACAGUCUGGAGAAACAAACAUACAAUUUGUUCGGCGUCUGCAAAGCUGUGCGGUUACGAUAAAGAGGAUGAUGAGAUGGAAGCAGUAG